AGCGAUGCUGCAUUUUUUUUGGUUUAUAGAAAAUGUCAUGAUACUUUUAAGACGUAAUAGUUAUUUGAAGUCAAACAACCAAGUGAUGACAAGAUGAAAAGGGAUAAGGACGAGGAUAGUAAUGCUGGGGUAUCAGGAUCAUCGUCACAUCAUAACAAUGGGAAUGGACAUGAUAUAGUGAAUGAAGAAAGUGAUCAACAACCAAAUGAAUCGAUUCAAAAAGCCCAUUGGAAGAAGACCAAACAUAGAUUACAAUACUUGAUAGGGACAAAAUUGACCAAUACCACAAUUCCAGAAGUCUCCCUUGACUUAUUCAAGAUCAAUCUUAUACGAUAUCAAGGAUUAUUAGUUCGAAUCAUUAUGAAUCAACAAUUACGAAACAUUAGUUCUACAGCGAUAUUAUCAAGUUUAGUAUCGAUUUUAAAUUCAAAGAUUCCCGAUAUUGGAGAAUUGUUAAUCAAUCGAUUGAUCUUACAAUUCCGAAAGAAUGUCGAUGUUCGAAAGAAGAAUUAUUCCUUCAUACGAUAUUCAUCAUUAUUCAUCUGUCAUUUAGUUAAUCAAAGAGUGGUUAAUGAAAUCCUUGUAUUACAGAUUAUUCAAAAGUUAUUCGAAACGAUUCAAGGAGAAAGCAUAGAUAUCAUAGUGCGGAUACUAUGUGUUACCGGUCAAUAUCUUACCAAGAAUUCUAAUAUGGCGAUUAAUCUGAUAUUUCAAAAUUUAAUGAAAGUUUUAAAUGAGCAAUCAAAUUAUGAUUUAAAAGAUAGAAGUAUUAAACAGAUUGAAAUGAUCUUACAGAUUAGGAAGAACAAGUUUAAUGAUUAUCCUAUUGUUGUUGAAGAGUUGGAUUUGGUGGAGGAUGAAGAUAAGGAAACCCAUGCGAUUUUAUUCGAUAGUGUACUUCAUAGUAAGAGUGAAUUAAAUGUAUUUCACUAUGAUGAAGAUUAUGAUGUUAAUGAGAAAGUGUAUUAUGACAUAGCAAAGGAGAUCCUAGGCGAUGAUGAUGAAGAGGAGGAGGAAGAGGAAGUAAAACAACAACAACAACCAGAAGAAGAAUCAAAACCUAAAGAAAUCAUUAAAGAUAUGACAGAAUCUGAAUUACUUGAAUAUCAAAAAAAAGUAUAUCUAACUAUCAAAUCAUCAUUAUCAGCCGAUGAAGCGGUUCAUAAACUUCUUAAAUUGAAUCUUAAAACCGCUAAACUUGAUAAUGAUGAGAUUAUAAUUGAUAUGAUUAUCAAAUGUUGUGCUCAAGAAAAGACGUAUUCGAAAUUUUAUGGAUUAAUAGGUAUAAAAUUAUGUUUAAUCGGUAAACGAGAAAAGAAAUUCCAAACUUUAUUAAUCAAAUUAUUUAAAUUUUAUUAUUGUGAUAUUGAAAAAUUUGAAACUAAUGGAUUAAGAAAUCUUGGUAAAUUCUUUGGGAGUUUAUUUGCGUCUGAUAAAAUCCCGAUUGAACAAAGUUGGAAUGAUAUAAGAUUGACUGAAAAUGAUACGAAUUCUGCUAGUAGAAUAUUAUUAAAAUUUAUAUUUCAAGAGAUGAUUGAAGAAUUGGGGAUUGAUGAAGUUAAAGAUCGAUUAAUUUAUGAUGAUUAUAUUAAACCAUAUAUCAAUGGUAUAUUCCCAGUGAUGAAUGUGGAUGAAAGAGAUGGAGAAGAUAUUCGAUUUUCAAUUAAUUAUUUCACUGCUAUUGGAUUGGGAGUAUUGACGGAAGAGAUGAGAUCAGUUUUGAAUGAUUUACCCGCUGCUCCAACUAGAGGUAGAAGUAGAUCAAGAAGUUCGAGUUAUUCUCGAAGUGGAAGCGGUAGCGGUAGUGGUAGUGAUAGUCGAAGUAGAAGUUAUUCACGUAGUGUAUCCUAUUCUAGGUCACCUAGUCGUGAUUCACAAUCAAGAUCAAGAUCAAGAUCAAGAAGUGGAUCAUAUUCUCGAUCACCAAGUCGUACCCCAUCUCGAAGUCCGAUGAGGAAACGUGGAGAAGAAGAAUCCAAGGGGAUUGAAAAUGAAAAUAGUAAACGACGUAAGUAUUGAUCGUUAUUAGUUGAUUAUAUUAAUUAGUUAAUUAAGUAAGAUUAUAGUAUAUAAAGUCGGGGUUUGAAAGAAGAAAAGAGAGUAAUAUAUGUAUAUAUAUAAGAAAAUAAUAUAUAGCGGACAUAUCGACAAAAGUUGAUAUAAUUAAAUCACAAAAGUAAAAUAACGACUCAUUUUCAUUUUUUUAUCAUUAGCCAUCAUCAACAACAAUAUAACUAUAAUCAUCAUCAUCAAUUGAUGAUUGAUGAUCAGAGGUUAAUUAAAAGUAAGAGAGAUGAGUUUUUCAGUGCGGAAUUUUACGGACAACACCAUUUCAUAUUUUAAUUAACCCAUUUUACACUAGAAGUGAUGGAU